AUGGAACGAUCUGCAGCGGCGUCGAAGCAACGGCAAUCUUCCAAGCAACAGAAGAAUCCUCAACCUGCUGAACAACAAAGCCCUCCCGCGCCACUAUUUUCUGGACCGAAUCUUCAGAAGAACCUCGCCGCUGUGAACCUCAGUCGCACAUACCUUGCCAUUAUAGCAGGUGUAGUGGCAGGCAUAUUAGCUAACACACUUCGUACCCUCCUUCUCCACUGCCCUCUCUAUUGA